AUGACACCUUUUUUCAUCCAGUCGAGCGACUACGGAAGGAAUUUCAAUACUUGGAAGAAGAGUUUGAUAUCCACCACGGGUAGCACGCCCUCUUUUGGCGUCGACGACAUAGGUGUCAAUAUCGAUACCAUCGGCAUCGACCAGGCGUUGAUGGACACCGAAUCCACCCCCGUCGUCGUCUCCAAAGGCAGGUUGCCCGUUCCUCCUCCGCUGCGUGCGAACGGGUUCAAUAAAACCGCCAUCCCAUUCCCCAUCAAGUCCUCCACAUCCUCGCACCUCGUGCUCAAUAGCGCCGACGACGCGUAUGUGAUAUACAACUGA